UCGCUCUGAGCAAACUAGCUGGUUGGAGGAGGUUAGUUUCGCAGAGAACGCACUUUGAUACAUGUACUGGACAGAUCAGAAAGAGCAUGACACAAGCCUCGUAGAUCUAAUUAUGGCGAUAAGAGAAUUAAAAAUCUGCCUCCUUGGGGAUACAGGGGUUGGGAAGUCGAGUAUAGUGUGCCGAUUCGUCCAAGACACCUUCGAUGUCAAUACUCUGCCCACAAUUGGCGCAUCGUUUAUGACUAAGACCGUGAGUUGUGGGAAUGAGCUCCACAAGUUUCUGAUUUGGGAUACGGCUGGACAAGAGCGGUUCCACUCGUUGGCUCCAAUGUAUUAUCGGGGAUCUGCUGCGGCUGUUAUAGUUUAUGACAUCACCAAUGAGGAAUCGUUCUACACUUUGAAGAAAUGGGUCAAAGAGUUGAAGGAGCACGGGCCUGAGAACAUCGUGGUGGCGAUCGCUGGCAACAAGUGUGACCUGGCAGACAUCAGGGAGGUCACGUUAAAGGACGCCCUGGAAUACGUCAAGUUCAUAGACGCAAUUUUUGUCGAAACAAGUGCAAAGAAUGCCAUGAAUAUUGCUGAGCUGUUUGAAAUGAUCAGUCAGCAAAUUCCACCUCUGGAUCCCGCUCAGAUCAGCAGCAAUGGAGCAUUCAAAGUCGGAAGGCACACAGUACAAUCUAGUAAGCGUUGCUGCUGAGUUUUGCUGGAGAACAAGGCCAAGCAGCAGUAUAGAAUCAUCACCCUCGGACCAAGCAGUUAAACAGGGGGAAAAAAAGAAAAACAA